AUGGAAAAAGAUGGAUUAAAUUAUGCCUCGCCGGUGUGGGCUGUUGAGCCCUCCUCAGAUCUUGAUUAUGGAUUUGAUGUUAUUAAAAAUGGUUGUAUUAUCGAAAAAAUAAAAUUUGAUGAAAGAAAUAAUAAAUCGUUCGUCGUUAUUGGACGAGCCGAUGACAGCGAUAUCAAGUUGUAUCAUCCUUCAGUUUCAAGAUAUCAUUGUAUUAUUCAAUAUGGCAACAAUUCCAUGGAUUCGGGUGAUAAUGGAUGGUAUCUGUACGAUUUAGCGAGUUCACAUAAAACUAAACUUAACAAAAAAGAAAUUGAGCCAAAAAUUUAUAAACGAUUGAGAGUAGGCCAUCUUCUGCAAUUCGGAUAUAGCAGUCGCAUUUUUAUUUUUGAUGGUCCAAAAACUGAUAUGGAAAAGGAAUGGGAGUGCUCUCCAACGGAGAUGCAACGGAUAGCACGAGCGAAUCUUCUCAAAAAAAAUCAAAAAGACAAUGAAAAACAGUUUAACGAAGAGAAUAAAGAGGAAGGAAUUUCUUGGGGAAUGGAUUUUCCCGAGGAUGAACCUUUACUGAACUUAUCGAGCAAUAGCGACUUCGAUGGUGGAAAUGAAAAAUACAGAAAUGAUCCGGUAAAAGUGCUAUCAAAUUAUUUUGAUCGCGAAGGUUUUGAAAUGGAAUUUAUUUAUUCUGAAUCGGGAACGGGUUACAAUCAUAAAUGGACAUGUUCAAUUGAUCUUCCAAUUAAUCGAGCAUCUGGAGGUUCUCAUAUAUCAGCGAUCUGCAGUGGGAGUAAAAAGGACGCUCAAAUUAAAUGUGCCAUGGACGCGUGUCGUACAUUAGAUAUGAUUGGAGAAUUGUACAAAAUAAGGAACGAGCACAAGAAACGAACAGAUAUACUUGCGGAAAAUGAUUAUUAUGAUUCGGAUGAUGAUACAUAUUUAGAUCGGACUGGGCAAAUCGAAAAAAAUAGAGAGUUACGAAAAAGACGAGCCGAAGAAACGAAAACGGGCUUGAAAGAAAUAAGGGAAACUUAUGAAUCACUUUUGUUAAAAAUUGAAAAUAUCGACAAAAAAAUUGCUGAAUUGGAAGGAAAAAUUGAAAAUUUUUCAUGCGUUAGGCAGCAGGAUUUAAAAAUAAUCCAUGAUGGCGAUGAAAUAUUGGAAGAAAUUACAGAAAUAAAUGAUGAUAGGAGGGAUGAUCAAAAAACUAAAACAGAAAAAUCUAUCCUUCGUCAACAACUUGUUCGAAUGAAACAUGAAAAACAGAGAUUGGAAACAUUGGCGAAAAUUGCAAAACCUGUUCAAUUACCCGAACUUAAAAGGCACUCAGACAAGGAAUGUCCGUCUAGUUCGAUAUCAACAGUAUCAUUAAACCGAUUGCUAAAUAUUAGGCGAUCUAAGAUUUCUGCUGAUGAUAAGAAUAAGAAAACAUCACUUAAGCGUAAAAUAGAUGUUUGUGAAGUAGAUUUUGUUGCUGAAAACGAGGACGAUGAUUAUGAUGAGGGGAAUAAAGAUUUCAGCAAUAUCGAACCACAAGAAGAAGAGAAUGCUGAGACUAUCGAAAUCGAUAGUAUUCGUUCAACGAAUAGAUCAGAUGAUACGAAGCGAUCAGCGCAAAAGCAAAUGGCGUAUUGUAAUGAAUCAAAUUAA